AUUUUGACAGCAGGACUCUGACACUGACAGUUGAAUUUUUUUGUAUAGGUAAAUAUUGUGAAUCAGAGAAACUGAAACAUUAUACAUAUAAUUGUUCUUGAGCAGGAAGAAUCAUACAACAUAUUUUCCAAAUGGAAGAUGAUGAUCAUGAUGAUCUAUUGCAAUGCACUGAUGAUGAAUCCCUUUCUGAAACUGAGGAUCAGUGUCUUCCAAUCGACAAGCCAGAGGAAACUUACAGGAACACGUUCAAUUAUUUUAGUCACUCCAAAUUUGAAUUCAUAAUUACAAAGUUAACAUUAAUUUAUGCUUCAACUUCGAUGUUGAUUGUGUUGCCUCUUUAUUUAGACGAUGUUAAUAUCAGUGGCAAUGCUUAUUCGAUGAUUUUCACAAGCACCUCUUUGUCUUUGGUGGUUUUUGUAAUGAUGGCUGUUGUCAAGUGUCUAUGCCAGAAAUAUAGAAUUAUCAAUAUAUUGAGUCUUCCAGUGAGAUUUUCCAGACUCAUGCAGAUAACUGUGGUGUAUUUCCUCGCAGCUUUCAUGAUAAUUUAUGCCUUGGAUAGAAAAAGAGUUAUUUGUCACUUGCAAGACCCAAUAAAAGGAAUUGUGUUGGUGUUUUCGCUGCUGUAUUAUUUUUUCUUCUGCAGAAAACUAAUGGGUCUUCAAAGAAUAUUCUCUACAACUACCAUAAUCGUAGGUUUGUUCAUCGCUGUCGAUUAUGGGCUCUGCGAUGAAUUCAGGUGUAGAGGUUAUGAACGUGAAAGAGUAUCAGAAGAUGCAGGUCCUUGGAAUUGGCAGACUCAUGCUAUCUGGACCACUGUAUACAUUGCAGGCCUGGCAUUGUUUGCAGCAUACUUUUCUCUCUUAGACAGAUAUAUUUUGACGAAUAUUGAAAUGGGGUACAACAAUAUUGUAAUUCCUUCGACUUUUCUCAGUACAGUUUCCAGAUCUGUAUCAUUCCCCAAUACUAAUGCUACUUCAACUCCUCGUUUCGUUGGAAAUGGGCCCUCAGAAAGUUCAACUUGCUCUAAGAAAUGUUGCGUAAUACAUUUAGCUAUGUGGAUGCAUAUUAUUGGACUAAUUUUCAUUAUAUUGAUGUUCUGGACAGAUUUAAUUCCAGAAAUUGGAAAGGGAUCAAACGCAACUGAAUUCUGGAACUACACCCUCACUGGUUUCGUGUGCCAUUUUGAAAAACCGCACACUCUGAACGUAAACGGACAGUCACAGUGUGGCAAUGUUCUCAUCUUCUCCUGGAUAUUCUUGGUCUCCUACAUACUCUUCGUGGUGUCAUCUAUGAAGUUCUUGAUAUUGUCUCAGUCAGCUGUUUAUACUGUAGCUGUUAUGUCGACGUCUCUCCCUCUGGUCAGCAUUUGGUGGUCUCUUUUCCAUGCCACGCCCCAUGCCAGUGUAUCCUUGGUGUGGUCUCCAACAAUAACCGGCGAACUGAUAUGUUCACUCCUGGGAUUGCCGAUCAUAUUGGUUGGGCUCAUAUUGCUGUUCAAAGCCCACCUGAAGGAUUAUCAGUGGUCUAGACUUGGUGCAGCUCACAUCAUCUCCGGUAACCAUUUCGCUUAAAUUCCGGCUCUGUCAUGAGCUCUGAAAUUAUUGAGCAUUUGUUUUAGACGUCCAUAUUAUAUUUAUUGUUUUAACUUUUGUGAUUAUCCGAAUUCUAGGUAUUUUGUGAUAUCGUUUCUGUUAAGUUUUGCUUUGAAACAGGUCCAAGUAGUGUCGUUAUAUUUGUCCGAACUGGGCAGAUGUGGUGACAUAUUCGGCUUCGAGAUUAGAGGAAGACAAUAUGUCAUUACUGCUAGUCAAAUUUCUCGUGCUACCUGAAAAUAAACAGCUUUUUUUAUCGACAA